CUCCUAUUAGUCCGCAGUUCUCCCAGACAGUCUUGAUCCGCUCCCCCCUCCAUGCAAUUUCGUCGCCGCAUCGACAUUAACUCUGAGGAUGACCCCUUGUCAAGAGCCAUCGCGCCCCCUCCGAACGAGACACAGGAGGAGAAGGAUACUCGCAUUGCAGCUGAGGCGGAAGCUCAGAAGCGGUCGGAUGCCAUUGACGAGGAAAUAAACCGCCAACGAACAGCCGAAAAGAAGUCUCCAAAAUUUGUCCGAGUGCUCUUGUUGGGCCAGAGUGAAUCAGGAAAAUCGACAACGCUUAAGAAUUUCCAACUAAUCAACUCCCCAAAAGCCUUCCGCGAUGAGCGUGCCUCGUGGAGAGCUGUCGUGCAGCUCAACGUGGUACGCUCCAUUCAACUGAUACUCAACACAAUGGCGGAAGUACAAGGCCAAGGGUCACCGCGGCCCGAUAACCUCCAUACUCUCACACCGGAACAUCUCAAGCUCAGAAUGCGGUUGUUACCACUCCACCAGGUGGAAGAAGCGUUACUGAGGAAACUCACACCUCCCGGAUCUAUUGAAUUUGAAGCUACUCACUUGUCAUCAGCAGUCACCAAUUUUAAUUAUGCGACACGCUCUGCGCGCACUCGCAAAGAAAUCGCUGUGAACUCUACAUCACAGUGGAAGGGCGCUUUUAGCCGUGUCGUAGCAAACACUGUCAGAAGUAGCAUGGACAGUGGAAUGGACAUUGAUUUCGACGACCCAAAUGAUCCUGGGAUUGUCCUUCAUGCUUGCGCGGAAGAUAUGACUCGUCUGUGGAAUGAUCCAACGAUCAAAGGCAUGCUCAAGACUCGUAAAAUUCGUCUUGAGGAUAAAGCAGGCUUGUUAGUAAAUCUCCUACUCGCCGUCCCCAGCGCUGAAACCAUAUCCAGUUUCCUGGAUUCUCUCGACCGGGUCACCUCCCUCAAAUAUGUGCCAUCUGACGAUGAUAUAUUACGUGCGAGGCUGAAGACUCUUGGUGUAUCCGAACACCGCUUCAAAUUCAAAGCCGGAAAUAUGGUUGCACACGAUUGGAAGGUUUUUGAUGUCGGAGGCGCACGUUCACUACGAGCGGCGUGGGCUCCGUUCUUCGACAAUAUGGAUGCUAUAAUUUUCUUGGCUCCCAUAUCAGGUUUUGACGAAACGCUAGCUGAGGAUCCCUCCGUUAAUAGAUUAGAAGACUCCAUUUUGCUAUGGAAGUCUAUUGUAUCAAACCCACUACUUCAGAACGCCCAAACCGUUCUGUUUUUGAACAAGUUUGAUCUCUUCAGAGCCAAGCUUGAUUCUGGAAUCCAGUUCGGUCAGCACGUUGUGUCAUAUGGGAACAGACCAAAUAAAUCUGAAAACGCGUCGAAUUAUCUGCGGAAAAAGUUCGCCAACUUGCACAAGCAAUAUUCUCCUUCACCGCGGGUGUUGUAUUGCCAUCUUACAUCAGCUAUUGACGGCAAGUCAACUCAGAGUAUUCUUGGGAAUGUUAGGGACAUGGUCCUUCGGCAGUAUUUGCGAGAAAGCAGUUUAGUCUGAAUUCAAGUUGACUUAUUUUCUUCUUCCUUUUUAGUUUGUUUUUCAGGCAUUGCGGAACCCACCCUUUGCCGUUAAUAGGAGUAUAUCAACUAUUUACUUAAUGCUUGACACGGUGCUCUCUACUUAUACGUGUAUACAUAAGUAGAGCUUUGGGCUG